AUGCUCUCCUGCUGCCCUAGGAGGAUGUCUCUGUUUGCCAUGGGUUUUCUGCUAGCGAUCCUUCAGCCUUGCACGGGGCAGUUCCCCAGAGCCUGUGCAAACACCGAAAGCUUGUUGAGGAAGGAGUGCUGUCCUCCCUGGGAUGGAGACGGGUCCCCCUGUGGGGAGCUCUCCGGCAGAGGGUCCUGCCAGGACAUCCUUCUCUCUCGAGCGCCACUGGGGCCACAGUACCCUUUCUCAGGAGUGGAUGACAGAGAGGAUUGGCCUUCUGUGUUUUACAAUCGGACGUGUCAAUGCAAAGGCAAUUUUAUGGGAUUCAGCUGUGGGGAAUGCAAGUUUGGUUUCUCAGGAGUCAGCUGUACUGAAAGACGACUGAGAACGAGAAGAAACAUCUUCCAGCUCACCACUAGUGAGAAGGACAAGUUCCUCGCCUACCUCAACCUGGCGAAGAGCACCCCAAGCUGGGACUAUGUCAUUGCUACUGGCACGUAUGCUCAGAUGAGCAAUGGCUCCAACCCCAUGUUCCGGAACAUCAACGUGUACGAUCUCUUUGUGUGGAUGCAUUAUUAUGCUUCUCGAGACACGCUCUUAGGUGGGUCAAAUGUGUGGCGGGACAUUGACUUUGCUCAUGAAGCCCCAGGUUUUCUGCCUUGGCAUCGUGCCUUUCUGCUGCUGUGGGAACGUGAGAUUCAGAAAAUAACAGGUGAUGAGAAUUUCACCAUCCCCUACUGGGACUGGCGAGAUGCUGAGUCCUGUGUUGUCUGCACCAAUGAAUACAUGGGCGGCAGACAUCCCACCAACCCUAAUUUACUCAGCCCAGCAUCAUUCUUCUCCUCAUGGCAGGUAAUUUGCACUCGAUCUGAAGAGUAUAACAGUCAACAGGCUUUAUGCAAUGCCACAAGUGAAGGGCCUAUACUGCGAAAUCCUGGGAACAAUGAUAAAUCAAGGACACCAAGGCUCCCAUCUUCAGCUGAAGUUGAAUUUUGUCUCUCUCUGACUCAGUAUGAAUCUGGAUCCAUGGAUAAAAUGGCCAAUUACAGUUUCCGAAACACUUUGGAAGGCUUUGCUGAUCCACGCACUGCAAUAUCGAACAUAUCUCAGAGCGGUUUGCAUAAUGCGCUUCACAUCUAUAUGAAUGGCUCCAUGUCCCAAGUACAAGGCUCUGCAAACGAUCCUGUCUUUGUACUGCACCAUGCCUUUGUUGAUAGCAUUUUUGAGCAGUGGCUAAGAAGACACAGGCCCCUGCGAGAAGUUUACCCAGCAGCUAAUGCGCCUAUUGGGCACAAUCGAGAAAAUUACAUGGUCCCCUUUAUCCCUCUUUACCGAAAUGGAGAAUUUUUUAUUCCAUCAAGAGAGCUGGGUUAUGACUAUGAGUAUCUGGAAGAACCAGCACUUGGUUCUUUCCAGGACUUUUUAAUACGCUAUCUUGAGCAAGCUCGUCAGAUCUGGGCCUGGUUACUAGGCGCAGCUGUGAUUGGUGGCAUAAUUACUGCUCUGCUCACAGGGAUCGCUCUCGCCUGCAAGAAGAAGAGAAGAGGAACUUCUGCAGAGAUACAGCCUUUACUCAUAGAAAGCGAAGAUUACAAUAAUAUAUCUUAUCAGUCCAAUUUAUAA